GUAGUUGCGGCUCCACUUCUCGCCUCCGACUUGUUUGAUCUUGAAUCCCCUGUCGAAGAUGUCGGUCAUCGUCAUCGACCAGCGAGCCCCGAUCUUCACCGUCGCCAUCAACUACUUCACCGUCCAGACCACCGUCACUUGCCGCGCAAUCGACGUCGAGAGGUGGAUCAUCCAAAUCCUCCAAAAGCACCGCAACCACCUCCACGGGCUCGUUGUCGGCCUGGACGUCGAGUGGUGUGGCGACAGAAGCAUCCGAAACCGCGUGUCUGUCCUCCAGAUCUGCGUCGGCUUCCGUUGCCUCGUCUUCCAAGUUAUCCACGCGGACUUAUUUCCCCCGAAUCUCAUCUCCUUCCUCAUCGACCGGCGUUUCAUAUUCGUCGGCGUCGCGAUCCUAAACGAUGCCGAGCGGAUCGCCCGAGGCUUGAACCUCCUCGUGGGCAACACCGUCGACCUGCGUGCCCUCGCCGUGCAUAAGAUGCGGCGGGUAGAUCUGUGGCAUGCGGGGCUCCAGCAGCUCGCGGCGGAGGUAUUGAGGUUGCAAGUGGUAAAGCCGUAUGCAGUCACCAUGAGCAACUGGGAGAACUACAGGCUUAGUAAUGAACAAAUUGCCUAUGCCUGCGCCGACGCCUUCCUCUCCUUCGAAAUCGGGAAGCGCCUCCUCAUUGGAUAAUUCUGAUUCUUCUGAAAAUGAGGGUAGAAAUCACAACCGACUUACUUUUUUUUAGCUACUUUUCUUGAAUGCUCGCCUUCUUUUUGUUAAAAUUAGGGUUUUAAGAGGCUUAAUUUUGAUCUUGCGUGUCUCUUGAAUUCUACAACUGAUUCUUGAAAUUUGGUGGGAUUGCAAAUCGUUGUCUUAAAAUUUAUUGGGGAACGAACCAGGGUGGCCUUUGUGCAGGCCUUUGUUUCGUGCUAUAUGCUCGGUUCUAUGAUUGCCUCGUCUUAAUGCCUGACCUCAGAAUACAGAAUGCUCUGCUUUUAGGCUUUUUAAGACUAUCGCAGAGUGCAUGAUAUGCUGGUAAAAUUGGAUUCUAGUGCAACCUUCUCUUUUGGAUUAUAUAACUUACAGUGUUGGUAAUUUACGGCGCAUCCAUCCUUUCACCAGUUAGAAAUUUAGCUAAUGAGUUGCCUUUAAGUUUGGAUAGACUAUUUAGAUUUAGUUUUGUUAGGAAGUUAUUUUGCAUUGUAAAUAAAAUUUGGAGAUUUUAUGUACAGAAUUGAUUUUAAAGGUGAACUAUUUUUUUCGGUUAAUUAUUGUUGUCGUUCUGUUCGGUCCAAUGUUUUUAUUGGUUUUGCUGGUAUGAAAGUUGUUUCGGAUAAAAUACCGUGGACAGUCAAACUACUAGUCAACGGAGAAGCUGAAGUGUAAGCUCUAAAGAUCGCAGGCGAUGGAGGCGAACAAGCCUGAAACGCACUUCCAAAAGAAGGUUAAACUGGCCGUGGGAUGGAUCUAAGGUCAUCUUGAUGCUCAAGUUAGAGUUUCCUUUGAGAUGAUGCAUAGACAGUGAGCUAGAAGAAAAGAAUCUUGUGGCGUUUUGCAAAAAAUGUAACCCCCCACACCACGUGUUAGCUAAGUGAGCAUCUAGAGAACUGAGUUUGACAACCACAUAAUUGUCGAACCAUUCUUAAGAUGCUACGCAUCUAAGAAUUUUGUCCAUGCGUCUCAGAAUAUUCAUCACUACUGCUAGUGCUAGUGAGUCCAUACAUAAAGCAAACAUAUUUCAAGAAUAGGGAAAGUGACAUUAGUACGAAGUGACAUUAAAGAAGAUGAUGUAUAGCUUUAUUCGAAAUGAAGAUGUUAGCGGUUGAGGCUAAGGUGAAGUUGUCGCCUAAGGUGACAGGGCAGAUUGAGACAACGUC